AUGGCAGCGAUCCCAAUCGUCUUCUCCGAGCUCUACAUCGUCGCCAAAUUUUUCCUCAACCUCCUCCUUCUCAAACUGAUCACCACCCUACCUCUCGUCCGCUCCCCGGACAGCAGGUCCGGCGUCGCCUCCGCCACCGACGAAGACCGCCGCCGCCGCCUGAUCGACGAGAAGUACCCUCAUUUCUACUACCACCACGAGCGGCGGGGACUGCGGACGGAAUCAUCGCCGUCACAAGAAGAUUGUGCGGUGUGCCUGUGCGAGUUCGAGAAAGGGGACGCCGUCAGGGAACUGGGGUGCCGGCACACGUUUCACAAGGGUUGCGUCGACACGUGGUUCGCAAUGGGAGCGAGGAAGACGAGGGCGAAAGCGUCGGCGGCGGCGAUGAUGAUGAUGACGUGCCCGCUCUGCCGGAGCGGAGUCUUGCAGCCGGGAGAUUCGAACCGCCGAUGGCGGCGUGCGGAUGAGGUGGGGCCCACCAACGACGGUGAUAGUGAUGAGAGCUUGGACUGGGGACAGCAACAAUUCUUUUCAUUGCUCUCCACGUUACGCGGUGAUUAUUAUCGCCAGAUUAUUAUUAAUCAGUGA